UUUACUUCAUAUAAAAAUGAAAACUAAUAAUCAAGAUACAUUUUGUAAAAAAAUGCGAAAAGCUACAAAAGAAAUUCAUUCAAUUAGCGAUUCAUUAGUGAAUGCAAAAUUAGCAUUUGGAUUUCUUGAUAAUUCUGUAUGGGCGGAUGGUCUUUUGGUUUUUUAUGAAGUUUUUCGAUAUUUGGAACUUGCUAUGAUAAAAUGGAAAGAUACAAAAAUAGGUUUAUUUUUACAUGAAGAACUUCGUCGAACUGAAGCAUUUGAAGUUGAUCUUGAAUUUUAUUUAGGAAAAGAAUGGAAAAAAAAUCUUAAUCUUCGAGAUAGUGUUACUAAAUAUUUGGUUCAUUUAAAAGAAAUCGAAGAUACAGAACCUAUUUUGCUAAUAGCAUAUAUUUAUCAUUUGUACAUGGGUCUUCUGAGUGGUGGAAUUAUUUUACGUAAAAAAAGAGAAUUUAUGCAAAAAAUUUGGCCAUUUAAAGAAUAUCAAACGAAUGGUAAUAAUAUUACAAAUUUUGAAAACAGUAAUAUCUUUCAACUUAAACAACAUAUGCGCGAUACUAUGAAUAAAAUUGCGGAAACAUUAGAUGAAGAUACAAAAAAUAAACUUCUUGAAGAAAGUAAAACAGUAUUUAUAUUAAAUAAUGAAAUUAUAAGAAGCAUACAAGGUACAGGUACUAUUAUUCUUAAGAAAACAGUAUGUUUUGUUAUUCCCAUUAUGCUACUUUUUUUAGCAUUUUUUGUAUCUUUUAGAAAAAUAUGAUAUUUAUUUAACAAAAAA